AUGAAUUUUGAUCCAAAACAUUCUGAGACAGUUUGGGAGGUGACGUUGGAGGAAGCCACAAGUCGCUUCCCGUUCAUGGGCCUCAUCCUUGGCAAAGAGGUUGUCCAUUUCUAUCGCGCUCUCUUCCUCGACUUUGUGACUCCAAACUCCAUUGAAAGAUAUGAAAAGUAUAUUGAGGGCGAUGCUUCGCAUGAAGACUACCCCUUGGAACUCAACUUGGGCUGCUACUUCCGUACCCUUCCCGAGUCCACAUGGCUGUCCCAUGUAGCUCAUCUCAGACGUUUACCGGUUGAUCAGCUCCGCACAUUCAUUGCUCUUAAAACCGCAGAUCCCCAGACCCAUGUCACGCUUUUGGUGGACGUCAAGGAGAUGAAGCGCGUCGCGCAGGGCUUCAAGGCCAUGGGCGAGGAGAUGCAAAAGUAUGAUGUGGAAAAGGCGGACGCGAUAUUAGAUGCGCUUCUCGCGGGAAACCGUCCGUCGAAGGAGGACGAAUUGUGGUUGCAACAGUUGUACACGCAGCUGAUCCGCCGUGUGUUGUACACGGAGGGUACUGUGAGUGAGUUGAAUGGAGAACUAAUAAUGACAUUCCCUCCGUUUUCGCCUGAGAAACAAUUGCUCCACCCUGUUCUUGAUCACCUAAAGGAGGCGGAAGUGGAGAGUCCUGAAAUCAGGCGUCGUGUAUUUUAUCCAAUUUACUGUAAAUUCCUCAAGGGUGUGACUGUGGAUGGUAUCCGGGUGAAGUUUGGUAAAGCAGACCAGAAUCGAUUCCCUUUUCACUUCAUUUAUCCCUUGCGACUGCCUCUCACCCCUGAACAACAAUUGGACUGGCACCUCUGCGAGUUCCGGAGCGAGAUCUAUCUGGUGUCUGAAGAGCUCCUGGUGACGGAUCCCAAGACAAGGACGGGUUCCCUUUUUGGCUUCAUGACGCUUAAAAAUGAUGCCCUUCCAAGACCAUCUUACUACAGCUUCUUCGGAAAGUCAACCAUGACGGUGGCGGUGCCGGGCUUGACAUGUAACCAUUGUCAUAGACUUGGUCACCGGACUUCAACUUGUCCAACAAUUAGAUGUCAUAGAUGUCACAACAAUGGACACAUGGCUAAGAAGUGUCGGAAAAAGAGGAAUCAUCCAGAAGUGUUUACUCUUGACUCUCCUUCUCAACAAAGAAGGCAAGCCAGAUGCAACAUCACCCCAGGUCAAACCCGACUUCUCAGACGCAGACGCUCCUCUAGACUCAACCGCAGUGAAAUUGAAUCAAUCUUAGAGAAGUAA